ACACCACUGAUAAGGAUGUGAUUAUCCAAACAUUAUUUUUAUUUCACAGCCAUAAAACACCACAUUACAUACUAAACAUCUGUUGUACCAUAUAUAUAUUCACACAAGCACAAAAUGCAUUUCUUACGCCCAUCCAUGACGAAAUUCAAGCGAGUCCUCCAGCAAACGAACUACAUAUCCCAGAAUUCCGCACACCUAAACGUCAUUCAGCGUGCGAUAAACCGGAAGACACGCUAUGGCUCCUUUCUAGAAGGACAGCUCCAGAUGAAGAGGCAGUCUGACCCUGAGGCGCUCUCAGCCACUAUGGCAAACACUUUAAAAGUGUCAGAGACCAGAGAAAGCACUGCGGAUCAGGAAGAAGACCGUUUCUAUGACUGUGAUGACACAUUACCUGAGGAAGAUACAUCACCGGCCGGACAAACUAAUGUACAGUGCACUGAGACGGCACAGAGCGAUAGACUGGAGUCAAAUGCUGGAAUAGAAAAAGGCAAUGACUCAGAUAGACUGGGAAAUACAUAUAGCACUAACCAAUCAUGUUUGAAUACCACCUCUGCUGAAAAGACACUUGACUCAUUAGAUUCAGGGCUUAAGGAGCAAAAUAACGAAGAUCAGGAAAAAUGGGAGAGAUUUGCAGACGACGAUGGGAUGAGAGACGGUGACUCAGAUUCAGAAUUUAAAGAAGCGGCGAGUACAGACAAGGUGACCGAGUUUGAUGAAGAGUACCUGCGGGAACUGGAGAAAGACCUGACGGAUGAAGAAAAGGAGAGCAGAAGAAAGGAGAGCUUAGAGCUGAAGGAGAAGGGAAACACCCAGUUUAAAAGUGGAGAACAUGUAGAAGCUGAGGAGUCCUAUACAGCCGCUCUACAAGUGUGUCCUGUACACUACAGCAAAGACAGAUCCAUACUCUUCUCAAAUCGAGCUGCUGCACGCUUGCAUCAGGAUAAAAAAGAAGCAGCGAUCAGUGACUGUUCUAAAGCCAUAGAACUGAAUCCAAAUUAUGUUCGUGCCAUUCUGCGGAGAGCAGAACUCUAUGAAAAGACAGACAAGCUUGAUGAGGCUCUAGAAGAUUAUAAAACUGUCCUGGAGAAAGACCCGGGCAUCCCUGCAGCUAGAGAAGCAUGUAUGAGGUUGCCACGGCAAAUCGAAGAGCGCAAUGAGAAGCUAAAAGAAGAAAUGAUGAGUAAGCUGAAGGACUUGGGCAACAUGAUUUUAAGACCCUUUGGACUCUCCACCAACAACUUCCAGGUCAACCAAGAUGCCAAUUCAGGAUCCUAUUCUGUUAAUUUUGUUCAGAAUCCAAAUAACAACAACAGAUAGCAAUUUAGAGGUUUGCAGCUAUUAGUUUGAGUCACAUCUCUUGGUUGCACCAGGUCAUGCUGAUGCCUUUUUGGAGAAUCACUGGUGUUACAUGGGUUAUUUUGAGAUGUUUCUGUUUGAUUUGGUCGAUUAAAUCAUCAGCUCAUGUUUUUCGAACUUGAUAAGUUGUAGGUACCUUUUCUAUAGGUCUCUAUUUUUUGCUUAGGGUCCCUUGUAUAAGAAGUAUGUAUUAUAUUGAUCUAUAUUCAGUUUUUUGGCAUGCCAGAGUGUUGCUUGCUGUAUGUGUAAAGCUGGUGUCAAUGAUAAGCAGACCAUUUGCCAGUCCUGAGCAAUGAGAUGAUCGCCUUCAUUACCCUGUGCAGCCUGGCCUGCCGUAUUCAGUGGACCUGUACCUGCGCUCACAUUAAACCAGAGGUUCUUUAAUAUA